CAGAGCCAACAGCACGGCCGCCAGCAGCCUCAUCUGCGGAGAGAAACGCCGAGCGGGGCGGGCGACCCACGCACGUAAGGGCGCCACGAUCUUCCCGGCAGAGGUCCCUCGGCAAGUCCAGCUCGCCAGGGCCGCAGCCCCUUCCCCAUCAGCCACCAGCGCGGACCCCACCGCCAGGCUGCCUGUCCGCCCCGGAGACCCCGCCGCCCCCUCCUCCGCCCGGCCCCACGGGUUUCCGCGCACGCUCGAGGGGUCCUCCCUACGCCCCUCCCCGGGGCCCCGCUCCUCCUGGCCCACAUCCCUUUCGGGGUCCCUCCGGCCCGGCCCGCUCGGUGCGCCCCCUGUCGCCAGGAAGCCACGUCUCCCGCCGGCGCGCCUCUCCCGUGCCCGCCGGGACCGAGCGCCCGGCCGCCGCCACCCACGCCUCCGCGCCCCCCCAGGGCUCGGCGCUCACCGUGCGCACCCCACGGGCCUCUCGGGGGGCCACCAAGACCGGAAGAGAGAGUCAGCAGCCCGGAGGCCGGAAGUGAGCUCAGCCGAAAACGGCGGUGUUCCGCGCGAUGCCCCCUGGGAAUUGUAGUUCGCGGCCAGGCCCCGCCCCCGGCUCUGCGGCGCCCGCGCGCGCCCGGAACGCGAGCCGGGCUGCGGUACCUCCAGGGGCCGCGGCGGCCAGUGCCCUGCGGACCCCGCAGUGCUGGAGGCGGGGUCGGCGCACCGGCGAGCUAGGAACCAGGGGAAAGCUCUUUCUCUCGAGGCUACCGGCAUCCUUUCUACUUCCAGGCGACAAACGAGGUCCUGCAUCCAGGAAGUCGCCAAGCCCCGAGCUUCGAGGUGCCAGAACGGCAAUCCUUUCUUCGCCGGCGCCACCGCGACCGCUUCGGCUCGUGCGCCUUACUGUUCGCUGUGUCCUUGCGGUGGCCGCCCUGUCUCGGGUCUCUCCCUGCACUUUUCCACCAGCUGCCAGACAGACGCCCCCAAACAGCGUUCUGGACAAGGCAGCCUGUGGGGUUCUGCAGUCGUGAAUUCGGUGUCUGCCGCUCACGGGCUACGUAACCUGGAGGCAGGCGUCAUUUCUGUAAAGCCUUGGUUCUCAGAUCUGUAAAAUGAGAUAAUUCCAGCACUCUCCAAAUGCUGGAGGUCCAAUAAGAUUAUGUUUCUGAGCACGUUUUCUAGCACAAGUAUGUGCUUAGUAAAUGGUAACUGUCAACAUUACUAUUAUUCUGUAUCUCCACGGCAGCAUUUCUUCAUUCAGCAUGCAUUUAUUGAGCCCCAGAUUCGUGCCUGCACUGUUCUAGGUACCGAGGAUACAGUGACAAACAGGACUGAGAUUUCUCCUUUCUGGGACUUAACACUCUUGUGGAAUAAUACACAUUUCCUGUGUUUGUUUUAGCCUCCCCUCCAUUUCCACCUCCCACACUAGAGCUCCUUGAGGACAGGUUUCUGUUUUCCACUGCUUAGCGUGAUGCCUGAGCACAGUGGGGACUCCAGGAAUGAAUGACAACUUCUCUACACACACCCUCCAAUCUGCUCUUUGUUGUUGUUGUUGUUUCACUUUUAUUUCAUGAUCAUAAACUUCACUCUGCAAUCCAGCUAGUGGGGGAGGGGGGCAAGGAAAACCCGGGACCCGGGAACUGCAGGGGAGCACAAAGAUUAUAUAUGCAAGCAGAUGGGGGCAGAGGAGUGCUCUCCAGAGCUACACAAGGAAUGUUCCUGUAGUUAAGACCAAAUACAAGUCAAAUGUAUUCGAUUUGUCCACAGUCAGCACUGGUCAUCUUCUUGCGGCUCCUGGACCCAAAGCACUCAUGGCUUCCACGACGUUCAUGCCCUCGGUCACAUUGCCAAACACGAUGUGCUUGCCGUCCAACCACUCGGACUUGGUGGUGCGGAUGAAAGAUGGAACCGUUCGUGUUGGGUCCAGCAUUUGCCACGGACAGGAUAGGAUGCCAGGACCUGUGUGCUUCGGGAUGAAAUUCUCAUCAUCAAAUUUCUCCCCAUAGAUGGACUGGCCGCCAGUGCCAUUAUGGCGUGUGACGUCACCACCCUGGCACAUAAAUCCCAGAAUAAUCCUGUGACAGCCAGAAGCUUUGAAACCAAAUCCCUUCUCCCUGGCGCUCAGAGCAUGAAAGUUCUCUGCUGUUUUGGGAAAAAUGUCUGCAAACAGCUCAAAGGAGACACGGCCCAAGGGCUCGCCGUCCAUGGCAAUGUUGAAGAACAAGGAGGCCAGAGAAGCUUGGGGAGCUGCAGGGGCAGAAGAUCCCUCCUUAAGCACCUUUGAUGUAUCCUUGACAUCCAUCUACAACCUCACAGAUGAUGUGGGCUACCAAGGGAGCCGGGAGCUGACCAGCGAGGAAGACCCCGGCCUCGCUCGGUCCAAGAGGCGGAAGCGCAGCAAGGUCGCCACCGUCCGGCCGAGGAGGGACAAGGCGAAGGACGAGGACGCGGACGAGGAGGACGAGGACGCCGAGAACGAGGGGCCGCCCCGGGCCGCGCGGUCCCCGAGGGUGCGGCGGAAGCGCCACCCGUCCUCGCGGACGCGCCCGCUGCGGCAGGAGCACCCGGGCAGCUCGGAAAGCAGCUCGAGCACGCUCACGUCCAAGACCAAGUCGUCCCGCUGGAGCCUGGCCGGCUUCCGCCGGUACCUGUGCAGCUGCUGCGACCGGCGGCGGCGGAAGGGGGCGGGCGCCGAGGCCGAGGCGGUGGGGGAGGCCGGGGGCGCGGGCGAGCCCCCCCCGGGGAGGGCUCGCCCCGGCCCCGGCCCCGCCAGCGAGCACCGCCCGCAAGAGGCUCCCGGGAGCGCGCCCAGGGACCAGGAGGACGGACAGGAUCAUCCGGCUCCCAUGUAAAUAAAGCAGAGUUUAUUUUGGGGCCCGGAAGGUCCUAGCCUGAUGA